AAGUCUUUACAUUGGCUGCAGAGUAUCGAUUGUCUCGUAGGUUUGUUCAGAUCCUUGAUAAUAUCGUCCUUCCGUUUUCCUCUUGUCAAGCAUAUUCUUGCUUGUUUACCUUUUCAUAGCUGAUGGUCCAUUAUUGACCUAUGAAUACCGGAAAUUGAGGCAAGUUUAUGCAGUAUAAAAAGAGUUUCAAGUACCUUGGGUCUAUUAUCCAAGAUAAUGGAGAUAUCGAUGAUGAUGUCACACAUCGUAUUGGAGUAGGGUGAAAUGGAGACUCGCAUCUGGAGUAUUGUGCGAUAAGAAGGUGCCAUCGAAACUUAAAGGUAAGUUCUACAGAGUGGUGGUUAGACCUACUAUGAUGUAUGGGGCGGAGUGUUGGUCAGUCAAGAACUCUCACGUCCAGAAGAUGAAAGUUGCGAAAAUGAGGAUGUUGCGAUGGAUGUGUGAGUAUACUAGGAGCGAUAGGAUAAGGAAUGAAGAUAUCCGGGACAAGGUGAGAGUGGCUUCAGUGGAGGAUAAGAUGCGGGAAUCGAGGUUGAGAUGGUUCGGACAUGUGCAGAGGAGAUGUACAGAUGCCCCAGUGCGGAGGUGUGAGAGGUUGGUUAUGGACGGUUUCAGGAGAGGCAGAGGUAGGCCGAAGAAGGACUGGGGAGAGGUGAUUCGACACGACAUGAUGUUUGCCCAGCUUACCGAAGACAUGACUUUAGAUAGGAGAUUAUGGAGGGCACGAAUCAGGGUAGAAGGUUAAUAAGUAGUUGAGUGUUGUCUUGUUUAGCAUUUCAUACUAAUAUUUGUAGCAUUAUCCUUGUAGGUCCUUGUCUUUCGAUUCUUGAUACUAUUUGUUGUUGUUUGUACUUCAAUUAUCAAAUUGUUUUAUUUUCUCUAGCAGUUCACCAUGCCUUUUAUACUGCUUUAAAUUGCUUGUUCUUGUUGUUAGUACUAUUUGGUUGCUUCUUUUACUAUGUUAUUUAUCAUAUUAUCUUGCUGCUAUUACUGCUUAUUAUGACUGUUUAUUAUUCAUGAUGCUUUUUCAUCUCUCUUUGAGCCGGGGGUCAGUCAUUUGUUGGAUUUUAAUUAAUUAAGGGAUAGUUUAUGGCUUGAAUUUUAAUUAAUUAAGGAAUAAUUUAAAAUAGACAAAUAAGAUGAUGACGCGUGUCGCUUCAUUAAAAAUGAGGGAAAUAUCUAACCCAAAGUAUUACGACAGGGGUAUAUUUGGAACCAAAGUAUAACUAGGGGGGUAUAUUGGUCAUUUUCUGAUCAAACAACAUGGGCAAAUAUAAUCUCUUUUCUGUACUUGUUUUUGUUCUUCAAGUAAAAUUUUGACCGCCUACAAACCAAGAUUGCUUGCACCCAUGAUUAGAAUUAGUCUCAAAAAGCAUCUCUUUUCCUUCACAUUUCACUUGUUUUACUCCACAGUUCCAGCUAGUUCCCGUGCCAAUGUAUUGGUGGAUUUCAUGGUAAACUCACUUGGUUUCUCAACACGAGAAGCCAUUUCUACAAACGCUAAGGUAACUCGUUUGAGACUCAGAAAUUAUGAGCCCCAUUUGUUACUUGAUCUCUUUGACCAAAUGGGUUUAAACAAAUCGCAAAUCAAAACCCUCAUUUCUUCUUCCCCUGAGUUGUUGAUUUGUCGUGUUGAUGAAACCCUUAAACCCAAGAUUAAGGUUUUACAACAACUUGGCUUAUCUGGCUCUGACCUUGUUACAUUUAUUAGAAAAAGCAAUUUCAUGAAAAGAGGUUUACAUACUAUUCUAAAACCUAGUCUUAAUUAUCUAAUGGAGUUAUUGGGUAGUCAAGAUUCCGUAGCUAAGGUUGUUAAGAGAGAACCUAGGUUGCUCUCUAGCAAUCUCCCUAAAGUAAUACCACCCAAUAUAACCUUGUUGCAAAAUCUUGGCUUUUCAAGAAUGGAUAUUGAGACGAUUUUUAAUAGGCAUCCUAGGUUUCUACUUAAUAACCCUGAAUGGCUCGAGAGUGCAGUGAAUCGACUAGAAAAGAAUUUUCACAUGUCUCGGGAGUCAGGGAUGUUUCUUCAUGGAAUUGUAGUACUUGGGUCGCUUGAUGAAUCCAAAUUACAAAGGAAAUUAGGUAUUUUUCGGAGUUUUGGAUGGUCUGAUUCUGAUAUCUGCAAGAUGGUGAGAAAGCUUCCUUACUGUUUGGCUUCAUCAGAGACUGAGAUAAGGAUUACAUUGAAGUUUUUCAUGAAUGAACUGGGGUAUGAACCCAGUUAUCUGGCUUCUCAUGCGACACUUUUAAAGCACAGUUUGGAGAAGAGGAUCAGGCCAAGGAAUGAAAUCUUGAAGUUUCUUAAAGAAAACCAGCUGAUAACAAGGAACCUAAGUCUUUACACUGUUGUCAAACAUACUGAAUUGCAGUUUCUAAAGAAAUAUGUGUUGCCUUUUAGGGCGGAGAUGCCCGAGGCAUAUGAUUUAUACAUGAAAACUAGAAGUUAGAGAGAAGUCUUUACAGUGGAGACCGUGGCUGCAGAGUAUCCUUGUCUUGUAGGUUUGUUCAGUUCCUUGAUAAUAUUGUACUUUCCUUUGUUAUGCUCUUGUCAAGCAUAUUGCUGCUUGUUUAUUUUUCAUAGCUGAUGGGUCCAUUAUCGAGCCAUGAAUACCAGAAACUGAGACAAGUCUCAUUUCAAAUCAACCUCUGCUUGUUCAAAGAGAACUAAAUCAGAUUUUAUGUUUGUGAGCUUGAUUGAUUAUUUGAAUGCUUAUCUCUGUCAGGAUAGUACUCUUCGGGCUUGCACUAAAAAUUCUUUUUCUAUCGUCUUUGUUAUAGGAGAACUUUGGUCCUUAAUAACAUAGUUUUGACUUGAGGUUUCUUUUCCUGCCUUGCCUUGUCCUUGUGACUGGGACUAAAAUCUUCACAACAACACACCUAGUGAAAUCCCACAAUGUGGGGUCUGGGGAGGGUAAAGUGUACGCAGACCUUACCCCUACCUUUCAAGGUAGGGAGACUAAAAUCUUCCGUGUCUCGUAAAAGCACAUUCUUUCAGCUUUGACAAGUAGGAGCAUGAUGUUUCUAUAUAUAAUAUGUACAUUGACAAUUUUCAUAGGAGCCGUAGACCAUUGCCUGUUGUGAGAACACAUUGGUAUAAAAGUGAAAAUGGGACCCCAAAAAGAAAAGAAAACUGAAUUCUGGAAAAAUUGCUUCACUAAACCAAUUUUAGUUUUGGUGUUAGCUUUAUUUCAUUUCUUGAUGCCUUAGUCAUGUGUGGGGGUGUGCAUAACUUGGUGUAUAUCAAAUCGGAAUUCAGCAUUUCGGUAUUUUGAUAUUCGGUGCGGUAUUUGGUUUAACUUUUUAAAAAAUUUGGUAUUUGGUAGGAUACUCGGUAUUUAGGAAGGAAAAAAAAAACUGAAAUACUGAGUAUUGUAUCGAAAUUCAUACUUGGACAAUAGUACAAUACACAUGUUAUAUCGUAACAUAAAUAUAAAAGAGAGAGAUUUUUACUGGCCUUACCCCUUUUUUUUUUUUUUACUUACUUUCCGACCUUCAGUUGUUCUAUUCACGCAAUCAAAGUUCAGAUGCUUGAUUUUUCUAGUUCUAUCCAGUUUGAUUACUUUCAUACUAAACUGUCCACUCCACAACAAAUUUGAUAAAUGGAGGAUUGUGGUGAUUUGUGUGCUUUAAAGUUAUGUUCAUAGUUCAAAGUGUACAUUGAAAUGUACUUUAUCGACAAACAAUUUCCUUUUAUCGUUCUGGUUAUGUAUUCUCAAAUUGGUGAAGAUUUCUUAUGAGUCCUUUCGGUUCUGCCAUCC